CUUGUGACGAGGGCGACGCCCGAAGAUCGCGGUUCGCGUCGAUGAUUGGCCGUGGCACCCGAGGGCUAAAAAUAGAUUGCCAUGGAGCCGCGGCCGCGCUCGGAGCAUGGACCGUCGCCAGCGGCGAGUCCGAAGCUUUCGUCGCGUGGGCGCCCGGCGACGACGCCGAAGCUGCGCGUUCACAAGAUCUUGUCGCUGCCCCAAAAAGCGACCACACCGCCGCCCGAGACGGCGCCCAGCGACGCGCCGCAAGUGUUCUUUAUGACCAACCUACCCGCCUCGCCGCCCAAGCCUGCCGACGCGUCCGAGAGCUGCGACGACGGCGAGGAUGCAAGUCCUUCGCCGUCAAUGAACAUGGCCGGCGUCAAUGCAAUCGAAAUGCUAUCGGCGAUCGCGGCGAGCAAGCCAUCGGCGCGCUCCGAGCUCGACCGCGCCGAGCCCAGCUGUACAUCUGCGGCCGACUCGGACGACGCAAGUAGUAUCGAUGGCGACGCCAUGCCGGAAGUUGAUAAUGAAAACGACUCGGAAGAGCGCGCAGGUGCACCCAACCAAAACGAGGGCCACGAGGAGCCCGAGGCCGACACCGACGAGAACCCAGAGGCCACGCCACCGGCUGCCCCGUUGGCGACGCCCGAGGUCGACGGCGGUGGCUACUACGCUCAGUGGCGCCAGCAAAUGGCGAGCGCCGAGGCGGCGCGGGCAGCGCUCGAGGCCGACUUGCGACAGUACGUCGACUCGCUGCACGCCAAAGCCGACGACACGGGCGAGACGAUCGUGGCGUUUCCCGACAACUACAACGACGUGGUGGCCCUCAUGACGAGCAAAGACGUGCAAGAUACGUCGGCCACACCGUGGACACGGGCGCUGCUGCACGACGGCCUCGCGCGCACCCACGCUUUUGGAAGCAUCCCGGGCGAAGACGCGCCGUCCGAGCUCAACAUGAAGAUCGCCAAGGGCAUUGCUCUCAUUCGGAAAAACGACCUCAUCCUCGAAGGUCUCAACGAGAAGCUGCACGGCUCGUGGAGCGCCAAGCCGUUCCUGUCGCAACCGGCUUCAGCGUACCGCGAAUGGCCUCACAUGACGCUCAUGCUUGUCGAUAGGAAGCGCACCAAUGUCGCCCAGCGGAUCAAAGACAAGGUCGAAGCCGCCAAGAGCUACGACGCCACCGACUUCGUCGCCCGCAACAAGGAAAUGAAGCUCGCGGGCAAGCACCUGACGCGAAACGAAGAGGCGCGUGUGGCGCAGCUCCUUGUCGACGACGCCGCCCCCACCGAUCAGCCCGAGCCGCUACGCCCGGCGUUUGCCGCACCAGACGAAGCGCGCUUGGCCGCUCUCGACGCGACGUUAGAGACGAUGCUGGAGACGCGCAAGGCCGACCCGAACGCAGUUUUGCACGGCGCCGUCGUGAUUCCGUCGGCGUGGGCGGGCGGCGACGAGCGCUACAAGAAGGACCGACUCGCCACCAUUGACGCGACCCUUCAGGCAUUCCGCGACGAAGAGAAUGGGGUCGCGCUGGACGACGACUGCAUCUCGUUUCGCAGUGGUAGCAGUCGGCAAACGAGCAUCUACUCGUUGGCAAGCACGAGCGCAUCGAGCCGCACGGUCACCAAGCGGCAGCUCCACGACAUCACCCAAAGCGCCAAAGACGAAGUCACCGAGAAGGCACCGGCAGCAGCGAUCCAGCAGCUGCUUUCAUCGCUCUCGGGCAUCACGAUCGAAAUCCGCGACGAUGACGACGACGACGAGGCGACGGCGCCUGACGAGCUACCGCCACAUGGUGGCACGGCACCGGUGCAACCGCACAAGCCCAUGCACGAGAUCCGACCUUCUCUCAUCGGACCAAGGAAAAGUCGCGUGGACGUCGGACCCACGGUGUCCUCGGUGGCCAAGGCGUCGUCCGCCUUCGCGCACUUGUUUACGCUUCCGUUCGAAGCCCAAGGCCACCGCAAAGUUGUGACGAGCAUGCAUCACCGGUAGCACCUGUCCUUAGUAGAGCUAUUUAAUAACACGCCUGUCAACGAGACUUGUUUUUGGCAGCGCAAAAAGCGCG